AUGCUUUUUAAGCAAGUAACUCAGUCUAGUAAAAUCGUUAAGCGCGGCCGAAGCCGUCUAAAAAAUCCUUUGUCCGCCUUAGCUAUCGCUGCUGCUGCAGCUGCGGCGACGGCGGCGGCUAUACCUCGCACUUUUACUUUUGAGCCUCGCACUUCUACCCCCGAAGCUUCGCCUUUUCCUUCAGACCCUCUUACUAAGCGCUUGCUUAUGCUAACGACCGUUAAGGCUUUAAAGUAUAUCAAGUGCAUCAAUAAUAAGAUCAUAUCGAGGUUUAAUAGAAACUGUUAUAAUUGCGAUACGAGCGUUAUACGCUGUCUCCGGUGUGCUAAAGGUAGCUAUAGCAACUGCACCGCUGCUUCUGCCGCUGCUAACACCGCUUUCGAUAACUUCGUAAGCGCUAAAGAUAAUAGUAUUAUACAAAAAGUUCGCCGAAGUCUUCGAGAUGCUAUGCGACAACAGCUCGCUUUAGAUGCUGUCCUUUUAAAAGGUGCUGCUAGUAGUUUGGACAGUCUAGCGAAUAGAAGUAGAGGUUUUAGAAGUAGUCCCGAUAGCCUUACAAGUUUUGCUCUUGCUCUUAAGACUUUCAAUUUAAAUAUAGCUUUUGUUAAAUUGAAUAGUCUUAUAGCAGCGAACCGUAGUCCGGUGACGCGGAGCGCCUCGAGCAUGUCAUCCUCUCCUCUUUUUGACCAGAACUUCUUCUCGGACUUCAUGCAAAAGCUUCAAUCUGCUGCUAUAGCAGCCCUUGCGCUUACGCUAGCCGCUUUUAUUGCUCCCGUCGCUCCCGCUGCUCCCGUCGCACUUAUUAUCGUCGCCUCUUCUGCGCUAAUUAUUACGCUUGCCGUUCUUGCGGCGGCGCCCGCCGUUGCUAUGACUCUUGCGAAGCGCCGAGCUAAAGUAAAAAGAUUGCUAAGAGCUUUAAUCGAUCUUUUGUUAUAA